CCUGUUCAGCGAUUCCUCCCCAAAGUGCUAGCGAAAAACCGAGGCAGCAGCAGCAGUAUCCGCAGAAAAGGAGGGAACUUUUUGCAGUGCAGAGCAAGCGUUUAAAGUGCCCAAGCACCACUGUGUGAACCACGCUAACUCAUUUUAGCGCGCCAACCGAAGAUUUCCGGCCAUAUCCUGCAUCCUGCGAAGGAAGAGUGAAGGACGUGCCAAAGGAACGCUUUUCGAAAAUCAGCUUUAAGCAACCACAACUGCCCGAGUGAUUCCGAUUGUCACCGAGAAGAACAGUGAGCCAGCCACCACAGCAACUUAACGACACCACCGAUCACUGAAUUUACACCUGUCCCAGCCGCUAGAAGCGCCACCUCCAACCACCCACCACCACCCACUGGAUGGAUCUGAAGCACAGCGCAAGUGGGGCUGCCGAAAACAGCGAGCUCAUCAAAGCCACCAGCAAGUCCACAGACAUGAUAUCGCCCAAGGACAAGGAGGGCAAGGCCAAGGCAGUCGGCGGACAAAAUGCCCCAGCCCAAGGCUACAAAGUCUACGCCCGUCGCUGGGCGGUGCUCAUUCUCUUUGUGUUCUAUUCAUCCUCGAACGCCAUGCAGUGGAUACAAUACACCAUCAUCAACAACAUAAUAACCCGCUACUACGGCAUCAGCGAUAAAUGGGUGGACUGGACGUCCAUGAUUUAUAUGAUCCUCUACAUACCGCUCAUAUUCCCCGGCAGUUGGUUUCUGGAUAAAGUGGGUCUUCGCAUAACCGCCCUGGUUGGCAUUGUGGGCACAUGUGUGGGCGCCUGGAUCAAGGUCUUCUCGGUGGAUCCCUCGCUCUUCUACGUGAGCUUCAUUGGCCAGUCGAUCGUGGCCCUGGCCCAGGUGUGCAUCCUCUCGCUUCCCGCCCGCUUGGCUGCGGUUUGGUUUGGUCCGGACCAGGUGUCCUCGGCCACCAGCGUGGGAGUCUUUGGCAACCAGCUGGGCGUGGCCGUUGGCUUUGUGCUGCCACCCAUGCUGGUGCCAAAUUCCCCGGAUCUGGAGACGGUGGGCAGUGAUCUGCAGAUGAUGUUCUACUACGUGGCCGGUCUCACCAGCGUCCUGCUCGUCCUGAUGGUGCUAUUUUUCCAGGACAAACCGCCCACUCCACCAUCGGCUGCCCAGGAGGCGGCCCAACUUUUGGAGAGCUCCGGAGAGGAGCAAGUCAGCUUCAUGCAGUCGCUAAAGAAUCUGAUAACCAACCGAAACUUCAUCUUCCUGCUGUUGUCCUACGGCAUCAAUGUGGGCGUCUUCUACGCCAUUUCCACGCUCCUGAAUCCGGUGGUGCUGAAGUAUUACCCCGGCCACGAGGUGGACGCCGGACGCAUUGGCCUCAGCAUUGUGCUGGCCGGGAUGCUGGGCUCCGUGGUAUCGGGCAUUGUGCUGGAUAAGACGCACAAAUUCAAGGAAACGACGCUGGCGGUCUACGCGCUAUCCAUGGUGGGCAUGUGGAUCUUCACCUUCACCCUGGACACGGGUCACAUCGCGGUGGUCUAUCUGACGGCAUCGCUGCUGGGCUUCUUCAUGACUGGCUACCUCCCGGUGGGCUUUGAGUUCGGAGCCGAGCUAACCUUCCCAGAGCCCGAGGGCACCUCCUCCGGACUGCUGAACGCCUCCGCCCAGACCUUCGGCAUCUGCUUCACGCUCUUCUACUCGGAGCUGUUCACCACAUUCGGGGACAUUGCCGCCAACAUAACCAUGGCGGUGAUGCUGAUUGUGGGCACCAUCAUUACGGCCACCACCCAGUCGGAUCUGCGGCGCCAGAACGCCCAGGUGCCCGCCAGCGGGGCUGGCAAUCCGUAGGGAACUCACGCCGGCCCGGCGACUGUCUUUUAUGUAUAGUAUUCUACGCAUAUCGUUUUACCAUCUAAUUUAUUUAAUUGUUUACUGUACAUUCCGUUGUAGCAUUAAGUGUUGAAUUUUAAAAUGUUCAUUAAAGGUGCAUAGCAACACACACGAACACGAACACACACACAUACACACGAAUAUGAGUAAGCUUA